GUGCUCUUCCGAUCUCCGAGAUGGACGAGCCGGACACCGCAGCGAUCCUCCCCGGUGAUGUGCUUGAAGCCACAUCAGCCGACGAUGAAACCUCAUGUAGCCACAAAGAAGAGGAGGCUGAUGUACGGACCACCCGCUCCGGACGACCACCGUUCACGUGCCCGCUGCCGGUUUCUGUGGAGCCGGUGUUGUUCCUCUCCAUGUUUUCUCUGGCCCUGCAGGCGCCUCUGUCCACACAGUAUCUGUGGGACCGCAUCAGCGAGGAUCUCGGCUACAACGGAUCCAAGAGGUCGGAGUGCGGCAACACCUCCGCUCCCCCUGACCCUCUGCAGAAGGAGGUGGAAACCUUGACAGCCCACUGGAACCUGUACAUCAGUCUUGGUGGCUUUUCUGUAGGCCUGCUGGUGGUGCCUCUCCUGGGCUCGUGGAGUGAUCUCGCUGGUCGCAGGCCUAUCCUUAUCCUCCCCAACCUGGGCCUGGCCCUCCAAGCAGUGGUUUAUCUAGUGGUGAUGUACCUGAAGCUCCCUGUGGGCUGCUUUCUGGUGGGCAGGCUGCUUAGUGGCCUUUUGGGUGAUUUCAACGCCAUCCUAGCAGGCUGCUUUUCAUAUGUGGCUGAUACCAGCGACAGAAGGUCCCGCACCUUCAGGGUGGCGGUCUUGGAGGCUUGUCUGGGCCUCUCGGGGAUGCUAGCCAGCGUCAUCGGAGGGCAGUGGCGGCGGGCACAAGGGUACAUCAACCCAUUCUGGCUGGUCCUGGCCACUAACUUGGCUGGGGCUCUGUACGCUUACCUGUUUGUCCGUGAGUCUGUCCUGCCAGACCCAAGCGCUAGGUUCCUCACCUCUCGCCACCAUAAAGCCGUCUGGCACCUCUUCUCAACAGGAGGCAGUACCAGUGAGGCGGGCGGAAGAUUUCACAGAUGCAAGCUGUGGCUUUACAUGCUCUGUUUUUUUGUGGUAGUGACCGUACACUUCGGCAGCAGGGAGCUGUAUGUGCUGUAUGAGCUGAGCUCACCGCUGUGCUGGGGGCCAGCCCUCAUUGGCUACGGAUCAGCAGCUCAGCACCUGGCCUACCUUACCAGUCUGCUGGGGCUGAAGAUCAUGCAGCGCUGCCUGAAUGACUCCUGGGUGGCUCUUCUGGGUCUGGUCUCCAAUGUCACUGGGCUGGUGGUCUUCUCUGUAGCUGACACCACCCAGCUCAUGUUCACAGGUUAUGGCCUGUGCUUCCUCUUCAUGACUGUGACGCCUGUUCUCAGAUCAAAGCUGUCCAAGUUGGUGGACCCAUCUGAACAAGGUGCCCUGUUUGCGUCUGUCGCCUGUGUGGAGAGCUUGUGUUUUCUGGUGGGCAGUGGCCUCUUCAACUCCCUUUACCCAGCCACACUACACUUCAUGAAGGGCUUCCCAUUCCUUUUUGCUGCCAUCCUCCUUUUCAUCCCUGUUGGAAUCAUUGGGACGCUGCAGUGUUUAGACCAGAGGAGAGACCAAAGGGACUCCACAGCAUCGUGAGUUAAAGUUCAUCCUGGUGUCAGUCUACGAGGUGAGCAGCUCUGACACAGAGACAUCCGUCAUGUCCAUCUGUGAUGCUGGGAGAGACUUUUGAUCUUAACACAGUGACGGGGCAGCUGACUGUAGUUAUCAAGCUCAGCGAUGGGAUUCUUUCAACUAGUCAUACCAAAAUGAUCAAAACCAAAGGAGGAAGAAUCAAUCUCCUGGCUGACACUACUGUCUUAAUAGUUAGAUAGUGGAGACUGGGGCUUUGUCAGAUCUUUGCUGGCCCUAAAAACAAACCACAGUCUUCCGAUAUUCCAUCAUGACAUUCAUACAAAUGGUAGAAUGAAGGAGACUCGGGACAUGCUUUCAUUUUGUGACUUGAUACGUAUUCAGCACAGCUUAAUGAGUGCCAAUUAAUGUGCCUUACUUUUCCAUUUUUAAUGUAUUAAUUAAUUGCAAUAGCUCUAAUGGCAAACUACAGGUUAAGGUGCUAACCAUGAGAGGAUAUGCACAAACUCCUCAGUUGUUAAAAAAAAAACACAUGGGUGCAAUGUCAUUUAUUAAUAGCAACAUAUCAAUCACCUGACACAGGUGUUACUAAUUACAAAAGUAAUAAAUUAGUGAGACACCCUUGAAACACUUAGUGGCAAAACACUCUCAUUAUCGCACAUAAAUAUUAUUUUUCAAGCCAACAGUCAAUGACCCCUUUCAUAAUAACGACGAAAGUUUGAAUGUUUGUUUGUUUGUUUUUCAUCUGAGUCAAUUUAUUAACUAUGCAGCUUGCUAACAUUUAUCAUGGUAGAUCUUCUGAUAUUUGUUUCACAAAGUACAUAUCAUCCAACAGCAAAAACUAUAAUGACGUGUAUAAAGAUAACCUGAGGAAAAGGGAUCGCUGAAGAGCUUCAUUAUGACAACGAUUAUAUGAAACCUUCUUUGCUAGCCUGCUGUUCGUCAGUUGUCACAGAAUGUAUAUAACUUUUAUUUGUAUUUAUUAAAGGUUUUGUUUGAUUUGUUUAGUCAAAUGUUGCCGCUCCUCAUUAAUGUACAAGAUAAAGUCAAGCCACUGAGAAUAGUAAUUUCUUACAGUUUUUCUAAGUUGCUAUGGUAAAUUUCUCAGACCAGAAGUGAAAGUCUUAAAACUACUUGUUCAGCCGCAACAUCUUCUAGUCACUUGUGCACAUCAUAAAAGUAAUUUCUAAUUUUAAGCAAAUGCUUUCGGCACAUUCGUUCAAACAAUUAUGUAUAAUUGUCUGCUGUUUCAAACAUAAUCAGUUGCUAUGGGGGUGGUGAUGGCGCAUAGAUAAGAUUCUUUCCUUUGGUGUGGGAGACCUGGGUUCGAUUCCUACUGUAAGACAUCCACCAUUUCUAUUCAUGUCUAUUUGACUUUGUUUUUGUAAAUGUGUCUGGAAUUAAUGAAGAUAUCCGUUCUGAUGUGGGUGGGAAUCUGUGACAAGACAGACAGGAGCUUCAGCCUACGGGCUGUUUCUCCUGGUUACAUUUCUUAUUUUGUCGUACUAAAACUAAAACCGUUCAUCAAAUAAACCAUACAGUUGCUAUGUUGAUGUUUAUGGCAGUGGAGUACGUUUUAUUCCAAAAAAGGAGGCAGCCGAUAUAACCUAGUUUUAAUUUGAGAAAUGUUUUAGAUCUACAAUUGUCAUUCAUUAAGAUCAUAUACAAUGAAGGAAGGUUAUAAUUUUUUUAACUUAAAGAUAGGUGACUUUAUUGAUAAUUAACCAUUUUUAACUAAUAACCACUCUAACUAACCGUACUUGUGUCAGGUAAUUUGGUAAACACAACAUAAGGUGUCAUAUCUACGUUCACCCACCACUCCGCUAUCUAUUCACCGUUUGCACAUUUGAGUAGAUUGUCAGCUAUGUUAAUGUCUCUGCCAAAUCUGAUAGUGGACAUGGUAUCUAGAACCCUGAAGCAGUGAAGUCAUGACCUGGGAUUCAUGGUAUCAAACUAUACGGAUAGAUCAUCUGGUGCAAAUAUGUCAAAACUAUCAGUAAUCCACAUCAGAGAGAGUGAAACUGUAGCGGCAGCCAGGGAUUACGAGUUACACCUUGACCCUCCCUCCCUCCUCUUUCCAUAAAGCAGAGGCACAGUCCCCCUCCCACCACCACAAACACUGGAUAGUUGCAGGGCACUGGCCAACAGUCAACAUGCACAAGAGCUGCCAAAGCAGCUUUAAAAUGCACAAAGCGAUGUUUAAAGGUUAAGUCAAGUUUUAACUCAGCUAUCCGCGCGGUGAUUGUUUUUGACUCCGGGCCACAGUUUGGUUUGAUCAUGUCAAUCGAAACCAUUCUGCAGACGGGUUGUGUGAACCAUCUAUUCUUCAUCGUAAUCAGUUGUGCAGUAUUUCUAAGUUACAAUCAUUUUAUUUAUUGGAAUAGAUCUGUAUUCUUUUGGAUAGUUUGUGAUAAAGAUGAUGGUUAAUUCUUUUUUUCUGUUUACACGUCAUAUGUAAAUUCAAGUAAAGAAUUUCAUUGUAAAAUUUUGUUACUUAUAAUUUAUAUUUCUUAACCAUGUUUCAAAUAAAGUGACCAAAUGAUUGAUAAUUAUACAGAGCAUAUUUACUGAAUCCUGCAAGGACAUUGGAUGAAAACAAUAUUAAGGCAAGAGGAUGAUAAAAGCCCCUCUGAACACGCAUUCAGGCUAUAAUUACAAAAUUUUAUAGAAUAUGUGAUCACAUCUUGGUGACUGCUUUGUUUGAUUUGCAAGUCUUUAAAUGUUUCAUCACAUGUUUAUUUCAGCAUCAUCAUGAUUUAUACAGGUGACGUUUAUAUUUUCACAAGUAUUGUGGUGGAUCAUAUUGCUGGAUUCCUUUUUGUUUUUAUUUGACUGCUUCAGUUAAAUGCACUGAGUGAACAAGGAUGACAUUUUAUUGCAAAGCUGACAAAUAAUCACUUAUCAGAACACUUUGGUGAAUGAAACCUCAAGUCAACAGUAUUAAAUGAUACUUUAAUGUUAUUAUACUGUGUUGUAACAGCAAGACACUAUGUAAAACUGAUGGAAUCAUUUUCAGUACUGUACGUUAAUUCAAAGUUACUUUUUAUCCACUUUUACAGAAAAGGACGUUUAAUACUACAUGGGUAUUUGUUGCUGCCUGUACACUCCUUAAAUCUGUUAUUUGCUAAGUUGGGGGGUGCAGGUAUACAGUAUGUAGCUCGUUUAUUUCUGUACAGUAUGUCAUGCAUCCAGUUUAGAUUAUGCCUUCAGUCAAUGCAUCUGCUAGGAACAGUUUCUUUUCUAUGACAACCCAAACACAAAUAUCUGUAAAAUUAGAGACCUGCUUUGCUCAUAGGAAUAUACAGUUUAGGGGUUAAACACAAGAUGACUGCAUGUAACAUUUAUAAAGACUGACAUGUUAGUAGAUACUUCAGAAACUGCUAUUGAGGAUUUUGCUGGGUGAUCAGCUGAUCUAUCACAGUUAUUUUCCUGAGAAACAGAAGGCGUGUACUGCACCUGAUUACACAUAUACAGCAGUGUGAGGGUACUGUCAUUAAAGGCUUACAGUUUAUUAUAUA